UUAUUUAUUCUUCUUCAGAAAAUAACAUUCCGUUUAUCGCGUUCGCACAAAAGGAAAAUGCUUCGUUAUGUGAAAGUGAAUAAGAUCGGCGAGGGUACUUACGGAGUAGUGUACAAGGGUCAGGACAAGAAUGAUCGGAAUCGUUUCGUCGCCCUCAAGAAGAUUCGUAUCGAAUCGGAUGGCGAAGGAAUUCCGAGUACCGCGUUGCGAGAAAUCGCCGUGUUGGUCGAGCUGGACCAUCCGAAUAUCGUUCGACUGUUCGAGAUUGUGCCUUGCGAAUUUGAUUUUUAUUUGGUUUUUGAAUACAUGGAUAUGGACUUGCGGGCCUUUUUGUUGAAUCAUCCAGCUGGUAUCGAACCUCAAAUGGUCAAAAAUUUGAUGCGUCAGUUAUGUGAAGGACUCACGUACUGCCACGUACGUCGAAUAGUGCAUCGUGAUCUCAAGCCACAAAACAUAUUGGUCUCAAGUGAUGGCAAGUUGAAAAUCGCGGACUUCGGACUCGCCCGAAUGAUGGGUCUGCCUAAUAAGGCAUACACGCACGAAGUGGUGACGUUGUGGUAUCGAGCGCCAGAAAUUUUAUUGAAUUUCAAGUAUUACACCACGGCUGUGGACAUGUGGGCAACUGGCUGCAUUUUUGCGGAACUGAGCAACAAUAAGCCGCUACUUCGUGGUGAUGCGGAAAUCGACCAACAGUUCCGCAUGUUCAAAGCCUUUGGGACACCAAGUGUUGAAUCAUGGCCUUCGUUGAAAACGAGUCAAGUGUCUCUUUCGAAAUUCCCUGUCUGGGAUCCACCGUCUGAUAUGCAACACCUUGUACCGAAGCUAGAUGAAAAAGGAAAAGGCCUCUUCAAGGCCAUGAUGGUGUACGAUCCGCAGAAACGUAUUUCUGCGUCUGACUCAUUGAAGCAUCUUUAUUUCCACGAUUCGGAGAUGUCAGCGGACGACGGAAAAACUGAAUCUGCUACAUGAUAUUGUUGGCGGAUUUUUAUUUCUAAAAUAAUUGGUGAUAGUUUUUUCAAUGCAAUCGGCUCUCAUUGGAUGCGCACGAUUGUCGUGCUUUCAUACAUUUUUUUUUCAACGGGGUUAGCGUUGCAUCAAGACUUGAAUAUUUUUGCAUGUGCUGGAAAAUUCUGAACUCGAGAAAAUUCCGCGCUGUUUCGAAGUGGUGCGUGCCUUGACCCCUUGUUUUUUUCUGCUGAUGAGGUUGGAAAAAAAAAGCUGUGAGAAGGGCUUAUAUCCGAAGAGCUCGUACAGUACUUCUACUUAGACCUUCCGCUGAUCUCUGGACUCUGAAAACGGGUUACGAAGAUGAUGAAGUGAUUUUUUAUAUUUCGAGUGUUUUGACAUGUCAGAGAAGAACUGAGGAAGUUCUGGUGUUU